AUGCAAGUCCAAAAGUAGGCAACAGUAGCUUUAUGGAUGGUUCCGUCUCACUACAACCCAUAGAACCUGCGCAAUACAAUCACAGCACUGUGUAAGAUACACUAUCUUGUUAACAUCAAAAGCAUAGGUUGCUAACUUCUGAGGAGAUGGUGUUGAAAGAGAAAAAAAAAACUUAGUUACAAAGUUCCAUUUUACGAGCAUCUCUUUAAUUAUCUAAUUUUCAAAAUCUUCUAAAAAGUGAUUCUAUUAAGAUUCCAGUACUUCUAUAAAUAGAAAGUCUCAUAUAUACUAAUAUUUAGAACCUUCAACAAUUAUUAUGCAGUAAUCAAGAAAAUGUGUUUUCUAAAAUGUGUUUUCUUAUAGAUCGUUUUCUUGUUUGAUUCAUGAUGAAAAGUAAAAUAUUUUAGAAGAAAAAAAAUAUGGCCAAUAGGUGGGAGAAGUGUCAUUCAAACCAGAUCUCCGCAGUUUGGUAUGACCAAGUAGGAUAAGAAUAUCAUUGUUGUUCUGAGUUCCAUGGUUUUAUAGUUUGCGGGAAAUUUUGGAGAUGCUAUAAGAGUAAAGCUUAAUGAGAAUCACAUCGAAUUAGCAUAAUUAUAGGCUUAUGUUGGUAUAUAUGUACCCUUCAGUUCCACCAAGGUAUGAAUGUUCUCUAUGGACUUUUUAUUUGAUUAUCUAUGAAUGAUAUCAUUUGAGUCUUCUGUGUUAGUUUAGAGAGAUUAAGAAAUUCAAAACAAAAGAGCAAGUCCCACAGAGGAUGAGAAUUAUGUGUGAACUUAAUCAAGGGUCGGUUUGAACACGUAAUGUGUAUUUGACUUGAUAUAAUUCUUCUAAAUUUCAUGAAGAAUGAAUAAAAUAAUUUUGUUUUUCUUCUACUACCAGAUCAGUUUUGUCAACUCAAUUGCGACAAUCAAUGGUGGUAGUACACAUGUUAAUCAUGUGGUUAUAAAGGCCACAUAGCGUAUUAAGGAUAUCAUGAAAAAAAAUCACAAUGACAAGAGUGUUGUUGAUGUGAAAAGUCAUAUAUAUAUAUUUGUUAAUGUCUUGAUUGGCAACUCAAAUUUUGAUUCUCAGGAAAAAUAAAAGAAAAACUGAUUCAUACAGCGAAUUUUUUUGGAUCUAAAUUCAAAAUUUGAGAAAAAAGUUAGUAUGUGUGCUUCAUCUAUCUUAUUUUCUAUGGUUUCUAGAAAUAAUACUUAAAUUUCUUUGUUUUUCUAUUUUGUUUCACAAGUGACGAUUCUUAGUCACAGAGAGCUGUUUUCACCAAAACUUUCUAUGUAAAGCAAAUAAUUGAGGUUUUAAUUAAGAAACUGCAUGAUGCGGAUGCUAGCGAAAUAUUGUACGUUGAUAACGCAAACUACUUUUUUGUAAGUUUAUCCACAAACAUAUUUCUUUACAGCACACCAACUCGACGUUUGAAAUUGAGAGAGAACUAUUAUCACACAAAAUUAAAAAGCUUGUACUUGAUGUUUAGAUGGAAACACUAAUCCGAUCCAAUUUUAUAUUAUUAGAAUAAUUAAUUUUGUGACAUUAAUUCUUAAAGCCUCAGAAUCAUUUUGUAAGAGGUGGAAACUUUAAUUCCAAGAAAAAGAUUGACUUAUAUAUCAGAACUAUUUAAAUUUGUAUCAUAAAACACCUUCAAUUUCGCUAAUGUGGAAUGCAAAUGAGAUGACGCGUCAGUUUCUUUCUUUAUUAAAAAAUAUUAUUUAUUUAUUUAUUUAAUAUAAGUAAUUAAUAAGAAAUAAAAUAGGAAACAUAAAUUAAAAAUUAGAAAACAACAGAAAAUUUGAAAAAUCAAUUUUUUAUAAGCAAUUAAUUUCGAACAUAUGAACCCACUAAAAGUAACACUUUCCUCAUAUCACUAUUAAGAAUUACAUUUUAUUAAUUUUAAAAUCUUUUAAUUUUGAUAUGUUCAAAAUGGUGAUAUGUUCGAAACAGUGGCAAUUUUUGACAUAUGGAUGAUAAUGGAUUUGACGUCAUCGUCGUUGGAAAAUGUUACUCUUAGUCGUGCUACGACGGAAAGUGUUAUUGUCAAUAUUGAUAUGUUCGAAAUAAUUUAUUUUUUGAAAAACAAUUAGAGAUUUUAUAUAAUUUUACAAAACUUUGCAAAUUUUUCAUUUUUUUUAAAAGUGAAUUAACUUUUAAAUUUUAAGAUUUUUUUUAAAAAAAUCGAUUUGUAAGAUUUUCUGUAGUUUUUCUUAUUUUAAUUUAUGUUUCUUAUUUUAUUUCUUAUUAAUUGCUUAUAUUAAUUAAAGAAAUUAAAAAAAAAACUAACACAUCAUUUCAUUUACAUGUCAACAUGUCACAUUUUCGAUUUGGUGAAUAAAUAAGCCAGUUUGAAAGUUUUUAUGACACAAAAGCUAAUUUGAAGGUUUAAUAUACUAGUAAAAUAACUGAAGGUUUAAAGUGUUAAUAGGUGUCAUUUUAAGAUUUUUUUAUGCGAUUUUCCCAUUUUAUCUUAUUCAUGGCAUAGCGUCUAUAUUCUGUGUAAUUAUAGAUAAACUGGACAAUAUACCCAACUUGGAUCCAAAUACACUUUUCGGUUUUUAGUUUUCAUAUGAAAAGCUCAUUAUAGAUGAAGAGAAGACUAGAAAGAGAGAUUGUGCGGGACUUGUUAUGGUCAACCAUGCUUGAAGACAAGUUAAUCUGGUGAAACAAGAGAUCAUUACACUAGUCUUGAUGUAUGUAGCAAAGCCUCUUAGCUUAUGAGUGUAUGUAUAUUGUAAUAGACUUUAAAACUGCUCAUUACAAAAAAAAAACUGUUAAAGAUUUAUAUAUAAGCCAUUCUGUGCUUUCAGUUCAGUACUCAAAUUGUAUUACAAAAAGUGUUUCAUCUCAGCAUUACAACAUCAGUCGCAAAUUUCACUAUAUGAGCUCCUCAAAUCCUUGUUAAGGGUAAAGCAAAAAGGGAAGAUUAGUCUACAAUUCACAAAGCAUCUUCAGGAAAUGAAACAGCAGACUCUCAACACGAAGCAUCUCAAUCUCAUGAAUGUAGUUUUAACGGUACAGACUCACUUUCUUGGCAUAGUCUCUCCUAAGCUGCGCAAGCUUCCUCUCAGCCUCUUUGGGAUCUUUGGGGGCUUCGCAGCUGUUGAUAUACCUCUCUGGCUCGAGGAAGCUGUGCGUCUCCUGGUGGUGACGGUGGUGAGUCGCUUCCGAAGAGAAAGACCUGAAAGGGAGGGAGAGAAGCUCCUUGUCUCAUCACGAGGCGGCUUGGUUUAUUGCAGAAAGCCAUUUUAGUGGAACAAAAACUCAUCUUUAGAUUCAGAUCAGACAACUCACAGGUGUUUCUAGGUGAAACAGCAACAAGUAGAUCUCGUACAGUUCAAGAGUUUUUAUUAAUAUCUGCACCUUGUUGUGAUUUUGAGAUUAACUGCCAAGUUACUACUGGUCUUACGAGACAGCGCAACAAAACGGACGUGAUUAGGCAGCGUAUCAAACCGAUAUAGUUAACCGGUUGUUAUGAGAAAAUUUAGUUUUUCUCGUUGAAGAAUAACAUAAAUUUAGAGAAAGAUUAAAUAUGUUUUAGUAAGGACCCAUUUGACCGUUUAUUUUAAAAAGUAACAGCCCAUACAGCACAACUAUUUUUUAUUUGUAUACAAAAAAAGCUCAACUUAAAAAAGCCAAUUACGUCAAUGUCGUCCCGGGAGAAAAGGAGGAAGAGUUCGCCGUCCCCGACGCCACCGCCGCCGAAAUCGUCCCCGAUUCCGUCGCUUCCCUAUGAUUUGGUAUUAAUCUGCGUCGCACGCAUCUCAAGGCUGUACUAUCCGACUCUCUCACUCGUCUCCAAGAGCUUCCGAUCGCUCGUAUCUUCUCCGGAGCUUUACAAGACCCGGUCACUCUUGGGCUUCACAGAGACUUGCCUCUACGUGUGCUUACAAAGUCAUCGUGAUGAGGCUACCUGGUUCACCCUCUGCCUGAAGCCUGGUAAAACUCUAAAAACUGGAUCAAGUGGGUACGCUUUGGCUAGAGUCCAUGUUCCCAGUUCUCCUCCUUCGCGCUUUAGGAAUGUGGUAGCAGUUGGUUCUAAUAUCUACAAUAUCGCCUUGCCUAGAGUCCCGAUACUGGAUUGCAAGUCUCAUACGUGGGUAGAAGCUCCAAGUUUGCCGGUUCAACUCUCUUCACUUUCCACCAGCGUCCUUGGUCGGAAGAUAUAUGUAGCAGGUAUGGAUUCUAGUUUGAAGAACUCUUUCGAGGUGUUUGAUACAGAAACCCAAAUUUGGGAUUCUGUGUCGACAAAAAGAAAAGAGAGUUUUAUUUUUAAGGAAAAAACUGUAUCUAUUGACGGAAAGUUCCAUGCGGUGACUAACGAAGAGGUGGUUGCUUACGAUCCCAAGGAAGGUAAAUGGGAAAUGGUCGGGGGACGGAUGGGUUGGUGUAUGUUUUCUGAUGCUUACUGUGUUAUAGGGAACGUUUUGUACUCUGCUUUUGAUGGAGUGUUCAGAUGGUAUGAUACUGAGGAAAGGAUAUGGAGCUUUUUGCACGGUUUGGUUGGAUUACCCAGGAUCACUCGUGAUAGAGUUAUUCGAUUGGCUGAUUAUGGUGGGAAGAUGAUGGUUGUGUGGGAUCAAGCUGGUAAACCUAGCAGCCGUUACAAGGAGAUUUGGUGUGCUGAGAUUGCGCUUGAAAGGCGGCACGACGACGAUAGUGAAAAUGAAAUUUGGGGGAAAGUUGAGUGGUUCGAUCGAAUGCUUAAAAUCAAAAUCAACACAUAUUAUCAGGUUGAGAAGGUUCUUUCUACUACCGUCUGAUGAAUGAACGGAACGCCUCUUCUUUUAGUUUGAUACUAUCUGUGUUAUUUGUGUUAAGCUUAUUUAUUCGACUGUGAUGAUCAGUGUACUUAUUUAUUUAUGCUUUUGUGACCAAAACUUAAUUAAUAAACGUCUUUGGAGCACAUGCUUAUUGUGAUUUGA